AUGUUGAGAGCAAAGGAACCGGGAUCUUUGGCCGUGCUGGCCUCCACCCUUCUUUUGGGAUUCGGCGUUGCGUUUUCCCUUGGACAGAAUGACACAGAACCGGUCGUUUUGGAAGGAAAAUGUUUAGUUGUGUGUGACUCGAACCCGUCAGCCGAAGGUGGAGUGACCUCGUCGUUUGGGAUAUCUGUCCGAGCUGCUGGUGCUAAAGUGGCUUUUUCUGCGGUCAGAGGAACUAACCAUGAACCAUCAGAAAUGAGUAACAAGUCCAUGACAAUCUACUUUGAUCAGGUACUAGUGAACAUUGGAAAUCAUUUCGAUCUUAAGGCGAGUGUAUUUCAAGCUCCUCGGCGAGGCAUUUACAGCUUCAGCUUUCACGUUGUGAAGGUCUACAACCGACAGACAAUUCAGGUCAAUCUGAUGCAUAAUGAAUACCCAAUAAUAUCUGCAUUUGCCGGUGAUCAAGAUGUGACCCGAGAGGCAGCAAGUAACGGCGUUCUGCUUCACCUGGAGCGUGAAGACAGACUCUAUCUUAAACUGGAGAGAGGGAACCUCAUGGGCGGGUGGAAGUACUCCACAUUCUCUGGCUUUCUUGUUUUCCCUCUCUAAUUGAAUAUUACCCAUUUGAAAAGGCGCAGACUGAAGACAAAAAGACAUUUCCGUAUCUGCUUUCAAAAAUAAAGGUAGCAGAGAGAACAUGGAAUGCAUUAGCUUAUUUUAUUUAUUCUUAGGACCUGAAUAAAUGUAACAAGUUUGUAUGUACUGUAUGUAUGUGUGUGU